AGUUGACUUCAGUGUCUGCGCCCGUGAACAGAGCAAUCAAAAAAGGAGUAACACUAGUAGUGAAGUGAAUGACCGAAUUAUUACUCCAGUUUUGUGCAUGUCAACAAAGUUGAACGUUCGUUCGGGAAUACACGUUCUAACUGCCACGUGGAGUGGUCAGAGAAGUUCUUUAUAUUUUGUAACAUUUAAAGAGAGUAAGGAUGCGAGACCGCACCAAAGAGUUGGGAAAUCGACCUGCCGAGUCCUCGGAUGAAGAGGAUGAGCAAAGAUCGCUGAUGGUGAAACCAGGCUCUGCUGAGAAAGAAGACAAGGAGAAUGAGGCGUUUUUCAGGAAGGUGCAAGAGGUCCGGGAAGGACUUGCUGCUCUGAGGAACAAAGUGUCUGAGCUGGAGGUCAAACAGAAGACUAUAUUAGGGGUCCCAUUACCAGAAGACAGUAUGAAAAAGGAACUUCAGUUGCUCAGGGAAGACAUCAAAUCACAGGCUAGUCAAAUUCACAAGAAGAUUAAAAACCUUGAACCUAAAAAAGUCGAGGAAGAUGGAAAGUAUGUCCCCAUCAGUCAGAGAAUGCAGAGGACACAGCAUGCCAUCUUGUCACGGGAGUUUGUGGACCUAAUGGCCAACUGCAACAGUCUCCAGGCUCACUAUAGAGACCGCAAUGUGGAGCGAAUAGAGCGACAACUUAAAAUCACUGGUAAUCCAGUCUCACAAGAACAACUGGAAAACAUGAUAGAGACCGGACAAACGGAUGUUUUCACACAAAAUAUUCUAAAAGACGCUGACGCCACCAAGCAGGCACUAAAUGAGAUUGAGACGCGGCGAGACGAGAUCCUGAAGCUGGAGAAGAGCAUCAAGGACCUCCAUGACCUUUUCCAAUAUCUCUACAUGGAAGUGGAGGCACAGGGAGAAAUGGUCGACCGCAUUGAGAACAACAUCCUCAACUCCACAAACUACGUUGAAAAGGCUGUGAGUGACACCGGGAAGGCAGUCAUCUCCCAGAAGAAAGCACGCAAGAAAAAGCUCUGGCUCGCACUGUGCAUCUUUAUAGUUUUGUUAGUCCUUGCAAUCGUCAUCGCUGCCACCUGGUCUUGAGAAUACAUUCCUUGGUUGCACUAUCCACCCCCUGCCUCGAAAGAAGCGGAACACCUUGUCUUAUCGAUAUCAUGGAGCCUUUUUUACUAACCGUUCUUCCAUUCAAACAGACAUUCACAUAGUUUUAAACAAUUUCAAAAUCUGAGCAGCAUUUUAAAACACGGGAUUGUUCUUGCUGUCCUCCCAGCCUGCAACCAUGUUACAAACACUGCCAUGUUGACCAUGCAAAACCGUGCAACAGUGAUGAUGAAAUAGAUCUGGGCAUUUGAAAAUGGUGUUGGGGUUCACACACACACCCACACCGAGUUUCAUUGAAGGGGGGGAGGACUAUUUGAUAAAGAUCCGAAGAAGCUUGAUGAAGUGUACUCAGGAAAAUCCAUGUAAAAACUAGAAAAAGAAAAUCUUAAAUGCAGUUGUUUUACCACACUAAGUGCCCCAUGAGAUAUGAAUACUGUGAGAGUGUUUUGACUGACUGCGACUGAUGAUUUUAUUUUUUAAAAAGAACCUUACUCAUUAUGCUAACCUGAAUUUCUGUAUAUUUUAUUUCAUCCAGUAGAUUCAUUCAGAGAGUUACUCCUGAGAGGAGGUCCAACUGGGUUAUCCCUGUACAUAUGUAAAAAAAGAUGUUUGGCAAAUAUGUGUUUAGAUGAAUUUAAGGCCCAUUCAGUUGUGUAAUGAUGGAAACCAUAAAGUUGGACUUGGAACUCCACAACUUCCUCUCAGGCUUUAGUCCUUCUAAUGGACCCAAGUCCUUCUGUUUGUUUUGUUUUGUUUGUUUUAUUUUAUCUUAUGGGUUUCAGAACAAGAGUAUUAAGCCUUAUGAAAAAACAAAACCUUAGGUGAUGAGGUAAACAAAAAAAUGGUGCUUCCAUUUUCUUGCAUGUCAGCGGCUGGUCUCUGCAAGGACUGGUGCCGUUGGUGCGUGUGUAUGCACUGCAUAUGUAUAAUAUAUAAUGUAAAUGUGUACAUGUAUACAUAUACCCUGGUGCCUCCACCGUAUUGCCUUUCCUCUGACUUGGCCCCUUUUGCGCUGUUCACCUGUUUCCCUAGUUGGUCCAUUGUACUUGGAUCAUAGAUCCAAACCUUGAACCAACAUUUUUGCUGCUUUCCUUUUUCUUUUCUUUUCUUUCUCUUUCUGACCCCUUAUCAGAUGUAAAGGAAUUAAGAUACUCAUGAGAUUAUUUGUCGUUACGGACUCCUUUUCGUCCCCUGGCAGCAGUGAAUUAAGGGUGUUAGAUUAAAGGGACCAGAGGUCUGAGGGCUAGUUGGUCAUCCGGUCUUGAAGGCCAUCUUUUAAGGACAAAAUGUGAUACUCAAGCCAUUGCCCUGUUGUUUGAGGUUAGGAAGUGCUGUAGGAAGGAAAAAGCACGAGGGACCUCCACAUCUAACGCAACAUGGACUGAAAACCAAACUGGUGUAAAACACUUAACUGAAAGGGCCAUGGGGAAAUCACACUGGAAGUUAAUUUCAAUAACCCACCCAGUUCAUUCUUCAGUCUACGUUAAAUACGUGGUUUCUGUUAUUUUCCUUACCAGCAGUACUUUCUGACCUGGAACAUCAGUUCAAUUAAUUGAUCAACAUCAAAGUGGAACAUCCUACAAGGUGGUCAGACUUUUGGGAAACUAUGGGAAGAUGAGAAGAUUCAUUUCUCUCGACUGUCAUGUUUCAUGCCAAACUUUCAACCUCAAAAAAACUCAUUUACUUUUAAUGUAGAUUUGUUUGUUUUGUGAAAUAAAGACAUUUAUUGUGUACACAUAUUGUAUACAGACAAUA